AGCGACCGGCUUCUAAUCAAAGGAGGAAAAAUCGUCAACGAUGAUCAGUCAUUUUAUGCAGACAUUUACGUGGAAGAUGGUUUAAUAAAGCAAAUUGGAGAAAACCUGGUGGUUCCUGGUGGCGUGAAGACAGUCGAUGCCUACAGCCAGAUCGUGAUGCCGGGAGGCAUCGACGUCCACACCAGGCUGCAGAUGCCCGUCAUGGGGAUGACCCCUGCUGAUGACUUCUACCAGGGCACGAAAGCCGCGCUGGCCGGAGGCACCACGAUGAUCAUUGACCACGUCUGCCCGGACGCGGGGACCGGCCUCCUGGCUGCCUACGAGCAGUGGCGUGGGAGCGCGGACGGCCAGGCCUGCUGCGAUUACUCGCUGCACGUCGACAUCCCUCGCUGGCACGAGAGCCUGAAGGAGGAGCUGGAGGCCCUGGUGAAGGACAAGGGUGUGAACUCCUUCCUGGUUUUCAUGGCGUACAAAGACAAGCGCCAGUGCACCGAUGCCCAGAUGUACGAAAUAUUCUGCAUUAUUCGGGACCUGGGGGCCAUUGCCCAAGUGCACGCUGAAAACGGAGACAUCAUCGACGAGGAGCAGAAGAGGCUGCUGGAACUCGGGGUUACGGGGCCGGAAGGGCACGUCCUCAGCCGCCCCGAGGAGGUGGAAGCGGAGGCGGUGUACCGGGCGAUUACCAUAGCGAAGCAAGCCAACUGCCCCUUGUACGUCACCAAAAUCAUGAGCAGAGGCGCAGCCGACAUCGUCGCGCAAGCGAAGCGAAAAGGCGCGGUUGUGUACGGGGAGCCCAUCACC